UGGCGGGAAAGGCCAUACGGGCUUCCUUUGUUAGACCACGUGAAUGGCAAGCUGGCUAUAAUAACUAGACUGAACCGGCUAGAUCAACGCACUACAGCUAGCAUUACAGAGAGGAAGAGCAGCAACAUGGGUCGAACAAAAGCUGAUUCUCCCAAAAAGAGGAAGAGGGUUAAGGAUGCAAACAAGCCAAAGAGAUCUACAUCUGCUUAUUUCUACUUCUUAGCUCACUGUAGAGAAAAGGCUCAGAAGGAAGGCAGAUCUAUAUCAAAGAUUGCAGAAUUCACAAAAGAGUGUUCAGCACUAUGGAAGGACAUGAAUGACACAACAAAGAAGCCAUUCAAUGAUAAAGCAGAAACAGACAAAUUGAGAUAUCAGAGAGAGAUGGGAGACUACAAACCACCAAAGGGUGGCAAAACAGGUGGGAAGGUAGAAGAUGGUAAACCGAAGCGCCCACAGUCUGCAUACUUUCUCUUCCUUGCUGACCACAGAAAGGAAUGCAAAGGCAAAGACAUUGGUCACAAAGAUAUUCUCCGACAAGCUGGCGAAAAAUGGCGAAAUCUGAGUGACAAUGACAAAAAACCAUAUGAGAAGGGUGCACUUGAAGAGCAGAAGAAAUAUGAAAAGGCAAUGGAAGAGUGGAGAAAGGGUGGGCCUUCUGCUGCCAAGAAGACAAAACAGUCAAAUGGCAAGAGUGAAGAUGACGAUGAGGAGGAUGAAGACGAUGAGGAGGAAGAAGUGGAUGAUGAUGAGGAGGAGGAGGAAGAUGAUGAGGAUGAUGAUGAGUGAAAUGAAGGAACCAAAGGCUCUUAUGUUGUGACUGGCUGACACACCAGAAGAUUCCCUGUAGCACCAUUUUGCAACAUGCCAACCGAACAUUUACGUCAAGAAGGAUAUGUACUCUGGUCAGGCAAUGUUGUGUUCAAACUUCCCAGAAGGUGCUGAAAGCUUUAGAUCAAAAUUUGACAACGGACGUUGUUAUUCAAUUGACAACUUUGUCAUCUAAACCUGCCUUUCGUUCCAUACAUGUGAAUCAAGUUUGACAUUGAGGCAGCUCCAAAUAGCAAUAUUCCAAAACAAAUGCCAAAAGACAUUUCUUGUGAGAAAGUGCUACAUAUAUUCAUGUUUGUAUUUUUCUAAUAAUUGGGUUUAAACCCAAGAUUUGAACAUUAAGUCAUCCAUUUAAGCCUUGUUUUAAUGCUCAGGGACAUAGACUGCAUGUUAAUCUCCCUUGUUUAUUUUAUCGCAGCAUAGGAAAGGUUAAAUGAGAAAUGCAUUCUGUCAAGAUUGUUUUACAAAUGGUCAAAUACCAUCAUCACUGUUGCAUGUAUAUUAAGAACGAAAGGACUGACAGAUCGAAUAAUGUUCAAACUUGAGCUGCAUUUUGUAAAUGGAAUUUCCUAAUCAUGUUCACUUGUCCCAUGCUCAACACUGUACUUAAGAUUUAUGCUAAGUCAAUAAACAAGCCAAAGAUGUAAUGUGUCUUUAUUCAAGUGUUGAGGACAACAUAUCAUAUCUAGUCUAGGGUUGUGUAGAGGAAUAACUCACGUUUGCAUGAACUUGAGGCCAGUAAGUUGGAAGAAGUGAUUUCUCAAGCUCUGCUGAGAAUCUGCUCACCUGAAUUGUCACACAUACUGCUUGGUCAUCCAUUUGUGUUGUAUUCAAGGAGGUCUGUUAUCUUAGUUCAUGUAGAAAGCUUAACCAGACCGUGAGAACCUCAUUUUAUGUCCGUGUUCGAAUUUUAAUCAUUUUUUUGUCAGUGUUGAAUAAAUUCUUUUCACAACU